UAGGUAUAUAGGCUAUACACUUCAUGAUCUUUUUUUCUUCAUUUGACAGGUUGCAUUUGCCUAUGAAACAUUUUUUUUUAGCAACAUAUUUCCUGGUUACCUUGAAGUUUUAAACCUUCACUUAAACGAACUGGAAACAUGACAGAUUCUCAACCAUUCUCUGAAAGGUAGGGAUACUUUGCUGUAAGAAAUUACAAUUCUAAUCAACAUUUCUUUAAUUUAAGGUCCCGUUUGGGCAAACGCUAAGCAAGAGUGCCAAAAUAGAAUGUUUUACAAACUUUUCAUGUCAAGGUUAUAUUUGUGAAAUUAGAUGCAUGUUUCAUAUUGCUUUAAUUGCUAAAAAAAACUAUAGUUUAAUGUACAAUUCUCCUAUGAGUACUAAUUUUACAGAACACAUGAUGCCUGUAAUCAUGUCUAUCAAAAUGUGUGAUCGGUAAACACCAUUACAUUUGAUGCUUACUCUACAGACCUAGUUUUCUUCAUAUGUUAUACUGUAGUUAUAGUAUGAAUAAAAAGGGUAUGUUUUGUGGUAUUGGCUAGUUUGGCCUUUUAAAAAUUAGCCAUAUUUUUGACCGUGAUUUCCAAGACUUUAUUUGACACAGCACUUAACUUGUGCCUUCUUUCCUUUUACACCUACCUUGACCUCUCUAGCAGACCCCUGGACUAAAAUGGCAUUAAAUGGUUCCUCUUUCCUGCAGUAUAUCCUGCAUGUUGACAAAUUAUGGUUUGGAAUUAUGAGAUUGUGAUUUUGUAAAUUUUGCGAAUCUUGUAGUUAGUCAUUUAAAAAUAGUCAUUUAAAAAUACUUGAACAUAAAAAACAAAGCAGCAUUGUCUUUUUGAUAAUCUGUUGGUGUAGCUGUAUUUAAAGGGGUCUGAAAAUGUAGGACUUGAAAAAUUCUUCAAGCGAUACAACCAAAAAAAGGCACUGCCCCACAAAAUCAUUUUCUACAUGAAAUAAUAUCAUAAUCCAAAAAUGCAUAAUGUGUAGAAAAAAACAACAUGUACUGUAUUGUUUCUUUUGUAGGCAUGAAGAGUUACCUGCAUUUAUAAAAGAAUUGCUUAGAGACAGUAAAACAAGAACUGGACCUACUACUAAAUACCUACUCAACACAACUAAGAUAACUGAGGGUUUUUUGAGAAAAGAGAGAAUUGGAGAAAAAGAUGAUGACAAAUCUAAUAAGGUCAUACUGCUGUUUGGAGAAACAGGAACAGGAAAGAGCACUUUCAUGAAUGCAAUGGUCAACUACAUCAUGGGUGUCAGAUGGGAACACAAGAUUUGGCUGGAGAUAGUUAAUAUACCUGAAGUUAAUAUACCCUUCACUGGUUACCCAUUAAGUAUCAUUUCUCAGACAACAGCAGUCACAGUUUAUGAGUUUUUUUCACAGCACAGUCCAUUCUCCCUCACCAUUAUUGACACACCUGGAUUUGGGGACACAAAGGGCAGUGAUAAAGACAAACGCAUUGCUGAAGCUUUACAGCAGUUGUUCAGAUCUGAGGAUGGGAUUCAUGAAAUUCAUGCAGUGUGUCUUUUGCUGAAAUCAACAGAUUCUCGACUACAUGACAGACAACUGUAUGUUCUGGAUCAAAUUCUGUCAUUAUUUGGAAAGGAUAUAGAAAAAAAUAUCUUACUGCUAUUUACACAAUGUAGUAAAAAGUCUCUCCCCAAGAAUAAGAUACUUAAUUUUAUUAAAGACUCUGGAAUCAAAUGUGCAAAACGGAGUGAUGGCCAAUAUAUUUAUUUUCAUUUUGACAACUGUCAGAGUGAAUGUUAUGAUGAGGAAGACAGAGAGAGUUACAAAUCAUCAUGGGAUUAUGGAAUUGAAAACUUCAGGCAGUUCUUUGAUCAUCUGAAUGGGCUACACUCAAAAAGUUUAGAUAUGACUAAAGGUGUGCUGAGAGCCCGGAAGCAACUGGAUGCUUGUGUCAAUAAUUUAAAGGAUCGAAUCAAGCUGGCAGAACUCAGACAAACAGAGCUUGAGCAAACACAAACAGCUCUGAGGGAAUGUGAAAAUGACAGAAAAGAACGGAAGAACUUCCAAUGUGAGGUUGAUGAACCGUACAAAGAUUUGGUGAAGAUAGUGUCACCAUGGUGGCACUUAAGCAAAACAGCGACCCGCUGCACCGAGUGUGAAGAGAACUGCCACUAUCCAGGAUGCUGGUGGGUCAAAAAUCUCUCAUGGUGUAGUGUGAUGAUGAAAGAGGGAAAAUGCACAGUCUGCACUGGAAAGUGUCAUUACACUAAACAUGUGAAAGAUGAUAAAAUAUACGAAAUUAAGACAAAAAAAGUGACAAGAACAGACAAGGAUUUGAAAGAGAGAUAUGAAAACACCUUGGGAAAAAAUCAGAGUUUAAUGUGCAGACUAUAAUGAGAUGAGGCAGAUUGAGGCAGAGAAGAUCAGGCUCGUGGAAGAGUGUUAUCAGUGUUUAGAGAAAUUAAUGGAAACUGCAUUACAAUCUACCAGCAUGUCUUCUUUCAGACAUCUGGACUUCAUGAUUGAGAAAGUGAAAGAAACUGGAAAACAAGAAAGAGUUCAGAAAUUAGAGGAACUUGCGAAAAGAGCUGAGGCGGAAAACAAGGGACGAUUGAAAAGAUUUUAUACAUAUUGUAAAAAUAAAGUAUAAAUGAGUGCAAAAAUAUUCUUAAAACAAUGAUGUAUCGUAAAGCUCUGAUUAGAGUAAAAGUAUCCAGUAAUUCAUGAUUGUUCAGGAAUUUAUUAAUCUUUCUUCAGGGUCCUCUAUUAUUUGUUUAUUAUAAGUUUUAUAGUGGACCCCUUUUAUGAUGAUAACUGAGAACAUGGCAUGAUCAGUUGGGAUAUGGCGUUUUAUGUUAUAGUUUACUUUUGGUAAAUCAUUAUUCAUGAUUUGUGUAUACAAAGAUAUUCUUGUAUAUAACAAAAAUUCACAUUAGAUCUCAUUUUCCUUAAGGGGUGACUUGUAUAUAUAAGAACCAGUGAAAACUGUACAAUAUGCUUUUAAGAAUUUAAAAAAAAUGUAAGAUGGCUGUAUUAAAUGUUUGACAUCAUUGACCUUAGUCUAGAGAAAUGUGUGAGAGCGGUUGAGAAAAAUUGAAA